UCGAUCUUCGUCGUUUCGUGUGUUUUCAAGCAAAAAGUAUCCGGCGUCUCUGACUUUUGUCCGAAGGGGACGUAACGUUAAUCAAAUAUAGAACGUGAAAUGAUUAAAUCUAAAAGAAUAUAAAGCUGAAUAUUGCGAACAAAUAAAAAUUGCGUUUGACUCUAACUCUCACUUGAUCACGGAUUUGUGUCGCUGUAUACUGUACCUUCAAUCAAAAUAAAUUUAAAUACUCUGUUACGUAUUAAACAGAAUGACCGAUAGUGCGGGAACAGAGCGGGAAAAGUAUAUGAAGCAAUUAAAGCGUAAAAUGGAAUGUUGGCGUGAAGUAAUACUUCCAUUGAACUCCAUUCUAUUAUGGGAACGAUCUUGGGAUCCUGGUCUUAUACUUGGAAUUACAAGUACAAUAUUCUUUUUGAUAUGGGUAUUGGAACCUGCUCUGCUUACAAUAAUAUCUGUAUCACUUCUUGUAUUGGCCUUGAUUGAUUAUCUUGUAACACCUUUGGCAUCUUUUUUGUGUGCUGUUAAUAGUUGGACAGGCCAGAAAGAAAAAAAAUUAAAUGAAAUUUGUCAAAAUUUGUCUGUAACAAUUUUACAGUUACAAAAUCUAUGGAGAUCAAUGUUGCAAAUGCGAAACGAUCGUCCUAACAUUUAUUAUGCAGGAAUAAUAACUUGUCUCAUAAUUUGUAUAUGGAUUGGAAGUACAAUCAACAAUUUACUUCUAUUUUAUAUUGCAGUGAACGUUAUUUUACUUACGCCAGGACUCAGACAUAAAGGACGCGCAAUGUCAGCCAUCGCGUUUGUGCAUGACUAUGUAUCUCAUGCUAAAAAAUCAUAAUCACCGUUUUGUAUGUAUCCCUUUAUCUCUAUUCUCUG